AUGGAAGUUUCUGGUGGUGCUGAAGAAGGUUUUGUAAGAGAAUGGGCCCCCUGUUCACAUAUAUUAAAUCUAAUUCCACCUCGGAUACAGACGGGCAUAUUCUCCAACGAGCUGUAUUUAACGUGUGUCGACGCGGUGAGCGAGUAUAUAGCGUUGGGAACCAAUGUUGGGCUUGUGUAUUGGUAUGAUCGUAAAAAAGGCAAUAUACAGAGAUUGAGAUGCGAGGCUUCAACAUCUUCAAUUACUUAUGUGAAGAUUGUAAACACUGUGGAUUAUAUGGUGGGUGCAGGCAAUGCAGCGGGUCAAGUGACUGUUUUCCAAAUACCUAAGGAACACCCUGAAAAUGUUCCGGACGCUUUCAAACCAAAAGUGGAACGCAAAGUUGAGAGGUACACAAUAGGGGAUUUACACAAAAGCAAAAUAACAGCCAUAGAGUGGUCCAAGAAUGGCAUGCGACUGUUUUCUGGUGACAAAAACGGUGUCAUUAUCAUGACUGAAAUCGACUUUUAUAUGCACCUGUGCAAGUCCAUGGAGAUAGUAAAUGAGGAGCAUGAGAUAGUCCAGAUGAGUUACUACCAGAACUGUCUGCUAGUGUCCUCGUUGUACCGCAGUAUUAUAUGCGAGCGUCGUGACGCGCGCUGGCACGUCAGCCAGCUCGGCAAGAAGGAACGGAAAAGCCUGUGUGCCCUGGGUGCUGUGUUCCAGUACUCGUACGCGCGCGGCGGGCCGCCCGCCGCCUACUGUGCGCGGCCCGGCCUGAGGCUGUGGCGUGCUGACACGCAAGGGAACGUGCUACAAACAUUGCUAUUUAAGGAGGCGAUAUCCAACCCUUUGACGAUAGCUGAACUCUUAAACCCCUCGCAACAAAAGCAUUCUCAGACGCAGCGGGAAUACAACCUGGGACCACUGUAUGUGUUUCGCGAGCACUUCCUUGUAUCUCACAACGAAAACGUUCUGUAUAUCCUGGACCCGCGGUCACUUACCGCUGUAGCUGUAGUCGACGAACUUAGAAGGAUCUUAUCAGUAUCGGUGAACAAGGAUGAGAUCUUCGUACUAGAAGGUCCGCGGUCGCUAGUGCGGCUUGCGCAUGCGCCGGAGCCGGCCGCCCUCGCCACAGAGGAACCGCUGAACGUAAUGACGAAAUCUUUGACUACCUCCCUCCAACAAGCCGUGAACACUGUACGAGACUUCACCCUCAUCGAUCAAACUGUACCGUACAUCACUAGCGUGCUCGAACAACCUAUAUCGAUGUUCACUAAGAACGAAGUUAUCGAAACGGGAACGAUUGCUAGCGCUGAAGAGUGCUUCGAACUACCGCCCAUCAAGCAUUUACCACUUGAUAUCUCGAAUAACGUUUUAGAAUCGAUUAUAAACGAGUUCCGUGACGUAUCGAGUGACGCUGAAGAAAUAAGGCGAGUAAAAACCGAAGAGCUUCAGAGAAAACUGAAGCUUUACAACAGUAUAAUGGAAAAGAAAUAUGAUGAUGAAUUGAUUCAUAGCAGCCGGAGAAGCAGGAGUAGCAGAAGAGAUGGCAGUUCAGGUAGCAGUACACCGAGGUUGUCAACUCCUGUGAGAAAACCUGUAGACAACGUCAGCUACACCAGCCCCUGCGUAAUGAAUAUGAGCGUAUACAGUGCCGUAGACCAAGCUAAUGAUGAGCUUCUCGAGAAGCAAAUAGAAGAAAAGGAGAAAAUUUUAUCCAAGAUGUUAAACCUGGAAUAUCUGAGCAUCGACAGAACGAAGCUUGAAACCGAAACACCCCCUGAACCUACACCACCGCCACAACUGACCACUUCAUUCAAACAAAUUGAUGUACAACCAGAGGCUGAGGUAAUAAACCAUGCUCCGAAAGUCAUAAAUAUUCCUAAAAAGAACCCAAACCCUAUAGACUUAGUUCCCAAAGUCGUCCAACUACCUAAUAAUUGGAAUUUAGAGAAUAUUGAACUGAAAUUAGACACAAAACAAAACGGUUUUAAGGAUAGGUCUUUGAUUUCUCCCGACGACCAUUUAGACAGUGAAUGGGAGAUAAUCUGA